AUGUACUCGGUUAAAAGCUUGCCUCUCAGAUGCAGUUCCAACACAAGUGUGCGAUGAUCUUGCUUAUAGAAGCUCUCUGAGUGGCUCGUUUAUCGUUAUUUGUCCCUGACUUGCGUCUCGGCAGGGAUUAUUGCUUAUUUUUCUCGGCCGUUCCCGAUUCAUUCUACGACUUAUCCCCUGCUAUACACUACUGUGCGAACGUAUUUCCUCAUUCGGCUUGCAGACUCAUUUCACUAGCACUCGAAGGGAGGGUCAGUUUACUCUGGACCUGGGUCGGAUAAUGCCGCAGAUCAAUUGUAUACACAAUGUCCUACGGUCCAGGAAGAUAUCCCAUAUUGCCAAGCCAAAGGAAAGAAAAUAGUUCUCUCACUUGGAGGUGCCGCCAGAGAUUACCAACUCACAGGCAAAGACGCUGGCAUAGAAUUCGCGGACUUCCUUUUGGGUGCUUAUGGGCCACUCACUGAUGCAUGGAAAGCCUCGAAUGGCAUUCGGCCACUUGAUAGAGGGUAAGUCUCGCACCAACCUGUCCCCAUAUCUACAAUUAACCAUUACAUAGGUAUUCCAACACUACCUCAGACACAAUCGACAUUGAUGGAUUCGAUUUUGAUAUCGAGCAUACUUCAACAGAUCAGCAGCAUGGUUACGUUUCAUGUAUCCAUAGGCUCCGCGCGCUUUUCGCUACUAACAGCAAGAAGUAUCUUAUCACUGGCGCACCACAAUGCUAUCUGCCCGAAGUCAACAUGGGAGGCAUGAUUGCUCAGGCCCAGUUUGAUAUUCUCUGGAUCCAAUUCUACAACAACCCUUCGUGCUCCGUCAGAAACUUUGCCGAAAACAACAUUGACAUUAAUUACAACACAUGGAAAUCUCAACUGGCUGGUGGUGCAAGCAGUGGAGCUCAACUCUACAUUGGUAUUCCUGGAGUAAGUUACAUAUUAUUCUAUAAGUGUUGGCAAUGGGCAUUCAAACACUUGCCUUAUUCAGACUCUCUAUAAGUUCACUCGGCCCAUUAUCAUGAAUAUCUGCGAGCUCCUCGACAGAAUUGUUAAGGAGGCCGCAGACACGUUCAAAUGAAGGCUUCCUGUAUAACAAUAACUGCUCGUGCUAAUUAUUCUUAGGCACCAUCAGAAGGAACCGGAUGCGAAAAAUCAAGCUAUGGCGAAUACAUCAGUGCACAAGAUGCCGAUAGGCUCAUCAAGAAAUACCAGUCCGACUCCUCAUUCGGAGGUGUAAUGCUGUGGGAGGCAACUGUCGCUUUGAACAACGAGUGCAACUGUAAACCAUAUUAUUCGGUGAUCAAGGAUUCAUUGAAAGGCACCUCACCUCCACCGGCUUUGUCGGCUUGCCCGGUAACAUCGACUACAAUUUCUGCCACUUCAUCAACUGCGUCAUCUUCUCUACUUUCGUUAAGCACAUCGUCAAGUGUUCCAAUUACUAGCACUAUUCUAAGCUCUUCGAGUUCAAUCGAGAUUCCAACCUCAUUAAGUACAAGCGCCUCAUCAACGAGCAGCUCCGCAAUCUUCACAUCUUCUGCGAGUUCUAGCGAGAUUGCCACCCCGUCAAUCACAACCGUGUCAUCAGCCAGCAGCACCUCGCUUACUUUGACCCCAACUCUAAGCCAAACCAGCAGCUCAGUUUCAACAUUACCAAGUUUGUCAGCCUCUGGAAAUUUAACCUUGAGUUAUUCAAGUGCAACGGUAACCUCAAAUCUUCAAACUUCGAAAUCAUCGGGUGUAUCAAGCUUUGCUACGCCAAGUCUAUCUACAACAUCUACAGGUAGUUCAGCCACGCCAUCAAGCCUCUCAAUUCUUAAUUCUUGAAGCUCAAGGUCUUCUUCGAGUGCCACGAAAUCGUCCAAAUUCCCUACUUUUACUCCACCAUACGGAAAUGUAACUUGUAAGCCAACCUUCACUUCGUCACGGGCUUCAAAUCCAUCAACGGUCAUUAGGGAUGACUUUACACUAACCACUUCGUCGGGGGCUUCACAUCCAACAACGGUCAUUAUUGAUGAAUUUCCACUAACCACUUCGACCGUGUAUACCACAAAAACUGGAACGGUCACUAAACGCCCGGCUACUGUAACAAACUGUCCUCUGGGUUCCGUCACCACCGAGACCAUGUAUGUAUUCUUCCUUUUUGUUUGUAUUUCUGAGCUCUCACUCCAGUGGCUCAGAAUAUCCUCUUUCCCAUUAUCUGGAAGUUCUAAUCCAACAAGAAACUUCAUGUUAAUUCUUUUUAGUGCCUUGUAUACUACGAUCUGUCCUGUGUCCCAGGCAAACAACGGCGGCGUGCCGACCUCUAUUCCGGCUAUCUCAGCCCAAUCAGAGAACCAAGCCGGGUGCACAACUUCAACUGUUUAUACUAGCAAGAUCUACACCAUCACCGCAUGUGCUCCUGGUGUAAAUUGCGCAGGAACACCUGGGUCGGUCGUCACCGAGGUGAUCCCAUUAUACACUACCGUUUGCCCGAUUACCCAAGAUAGCAAUGGUGGAAUUCCAACAUCAGUUCCCGGUCUACCUUCAUCCCCAUCAUCCCCAUCAUCCCCCGGUGUUCCAGCUGAGUAUACAACAUCCACCAUUUACACAACGAAGUUCUCCACAGUCACGGCUUGCGCUCCAGGGGUUUUAUGUCAACAGACUCCAGGAUCCGUGCUAACAGAGGUGAUCCCACUCUCAACAACCGUUAUUCCAUUGCCACAAAGCUCCUUCACAACAUAUGUGACCAUCCAAGUCGCCUCCGCUGUUUUCACUCCAAUCGACACCCCGCUUGCACCAUACCCAACUCCUUCAAAGGGUCAAAACAAGAGCCCUUACGGAUCCGGCACGGGAACAGCAUACUCGUACCCUCUCAAACCUACAGGGACUUCAGUUCCAAGUAUCCAAGUCGUGGAGAUCAAUUCUGUUGCCCCAAGUUUCAGCAAGACUGGUGGUGGCAUUAAGGCAGUUGCACCGACUGGUACACCGAUUUCUCCAAGUGACACGCCUAGUUUGAUAUCGUCAAAUUCUGCGAGUGGGUUUGGGUCUUCGCUUGUGCUGGUUAUGGUUUCUGCUGUUCUUGUGAGUGCUUUAAUGAUGUAA